AUGGACUGGCUCACGGUAGCAGUGAUGAGCCCCUUAUUAGCCACACAUAUUUUAUCAGAACAGGAGAAACUCGAAGUGGGGAUGAAGGAAUCUGAAUUUAUUUGACACAUCAGCUGAUCAUUCUAACAAAUACUCCUGUUUAGUCUGGCUGCUGGGCUUGUGCUGCGGUACCAGGAAGCCGACCUGCCUGCGAUUUACCGCAUUACACAUGUGAGCAGCCUAAUCUGUUUAUUAUGCAUUCACUCAAAUCCAUAAAAACACAUCUUCGAGGAACUUCACACUGCUUAGCUUCACCGUUUGACCCCGGGCGUCCUGACGGUGAGCUGCGAUUUACAAACCCGGAUUUGUUUUCGGAGUGUUGGAGGAUGUGCCCGCUCUUAUUUCCCUAACAAAUAUAAGAGAAGUGGCUGCGUUGCAGACAAUACCAAGGUACAUGCAUUUUAUUUAGCUUUCUAAUACACAUUAUCCAAAAGGAUUGGUUAGUAUUAAGUGCUGAAUGUAAACUUAGCUCUAAACACAGAUCUGAGAUCUGACACCGAGUGUCGGUCAGUAUUUAAGCUCCUUCUGUAGGCAAAGUAUUGGGACCUCACAAUGUCCGCAACCCCAAUGUGCAGUGGUGCACGCUGUGCUUAUUUGUUUGCCUUUGGUUUUCAUUCAGGAGGUGUUUAACAGAGAAUGUAAUUGAAUGUGUUGCAAGUCCAGGCUGCCACCGAGCGAAGUCACGACGACCCUGGGAAAUCAUGUCGACGAGGAGCGUCCUCUCUCUCUGCCUCGUCUUCGGAGCCUCUCUGCUCGUUCAGGUCUCUCACCAAGGCAGGUUCUACUUUUUUAUAGAAACCCAAAAAAACCAAACGGACGCCAGAAGCUUCUGCAGAGCCCAUUAUACCGACCUGGCAACGUUUAACAGCUCAGCUGAGUUUGCUGCUCUGCAGAAUCCGUGCGCGUCUGAUUGUUGGAUUGGUCUCCAACGGCUGGCGGACCUCUCAAACCUCUGGAUCUGGUCCGACGGAGAAACAAACAACGUCACCAACUGGCAGAGCGGAGAACCGAACAACAUGCUGUCGAUAGAAAACUGUGUUAUUCUGAGAGAUAGUUUUUGGUAUGAUGCACCAUGUGCUCGAAACUACAGUUUUCUGUGCUUUGUGGAUGAACCCAUCUUAGUGCGGCAGAACAAGACAUGGGAGGAGGCUCUGGACACCUGCAGAAAUCUUCAUCUGACUCACAAUUACUUCAAACACAACUACGACCUCUACCAAAUGCGCUCCCAAGACUUCUUCUCAACCAUCCAAAAUGCCAUGGUCACUACUCAGACCCAGGACGUGUGGAUCGGUCUCCGUUACCUGACAGGAACGUGGCUGUGGUUGAAAAACAACCCUCUGCAGGUGCACCUGCCCUCCUGCCCCGCAGCGGGGAAUUACUGUGGCACAAUUACAAAGGGGGGAGAAAUACAAGGCAGCAACUGUGCAGCAAAAAGGUUUUUCUUUUGCUCAACAAACUAAAGAAGAUGUAGUUUAUAUAGCUGGAUGUUAAGAUGCCUUAUUAGUUGAACUUAACAAAUACGAAUGAUUGGAUUUUUAACAAGUUGGUAGUAAACAGAUUGUUGAUGUUGUGAUGGUUUUUAGUUGGAUUUGCAGUUGUGUUUAAACGCGGUUCGGUCAAACUUGUUUCUGAACCUUCUCACUCUUGAAGUUGGUUUGUAGGCUCAGUUCUUAUCACUUGUGUUUGACCUUGAUCAUGUUGGUCUUGAAAAAAGAUCUUUGAAUAUCAGGAAGGGAUCAUUUGCCUGGUGCCUGAUUUCCCCAACAAAAAGGACAAAGGACGCUUCUAAGAGUGGAUCAAACACCAGGACGUACAUCAUAACGUAUAUUUUUAAUGUUUUGCACAAUCUAUCAAACAUGUACGUUGAUGAAACACUAUGGGUGAAAAACUCGAUACAA